AUGGAAGCAUAUUCAGCUGAUGAGCUCCUUGUACGGCAGCGUGAGAAACUCAACGCCAACGCCGCGUGGAUUCGGCGUCAGCAGAUGCGGAUGCAAAACACGGACGGAUAUGAUGGCAACGCUGCUGACGCGGAUGAAAACAAUAUGGACGAUAUUGUGAUGCGAGGGACAGGCGCUGGCGUAAAGGCACAAGAAGGAAUGGAACGGAAUUUGGCGCAAGAGGAAGAAUUUAUGAAGACAGAGUUGACCCCGUCAGCGGCGCGGCAACAGUCCGUGGGCAGUGUUUCUCGGCAGAUCGCAGUUCGGCAGGCAAGUGCCAAUCCACGCAGCCCGGGAGAUGUCGGGAACACCGCAAAUCAGGGUGACUUCUUCACGACAGUACGAGGAGGGUCCGUGUUAAGGGUACAGAAACGCAAUGCUCUUUGGCAGCUUCGACGGCAACAAAAGUUGGAGGAAAAACGUACGUUGCAUGCGGAGGAUUACUCGCAGUACACAUUUAGCCCAAAGAUACAUGGGUACUCGGGAAAUGCGUCUGGAUCUGCCUUCAUGACAGCACCAGGUGUGGAAGAGUUUUUGCAGCGGCAAGAGCGCGCCAGGGAGAUUGCCCGCAUGAAGGAAGAACGAGGUCGCGUGGAUGGCAGUAAAUGGGUUCAUCGUCUCACGGUAGCGGAACCUUUUGUCUUUGGACAGCGGCCGGAGAUUGAGUCCCUUCGACCACCUCUUCAAAACGUGCCGGGAACGCUACGGGAAAUUCUUUCGGAAGGGGAAACGGAUUUUGUGAGGGGUGAAAAAAAAACGAUACCUGUCGACUCUCGUAGGGACUUAUUACCCAACACACCGGCACCUUUUGAGACGAUUGCAGCAGCUGCCGGCGUGUCGCUUCCGCCCCCUGGUGCCUUUAGCUCGUGGGCGAUGCUUUACUGUGGCGGCGAGGCACCCAAUGACAGCAAAACCGAGAAGGACAGCACUCCAUCCCAAUAA